UAUGGCUAAGCAGUAUGAUGUGCUCUUCCGACUCCUGCUUCUCGGUGAUUCGGGGGUUGGGAAAACAUGUUUAUUAUGCAGAUUCACGGACAACGAAUUUCACCCGUCUCACAUCUCCACAAUCGGAGUCGAUUUUAAAAUGAAGACACUGGAGAUAGAUGGCAUCAAAGUUAGGAUACAGAUAUGGGACACAGCAGGACAGGAGAGAUAUCAGACCAUCACCAAGCAGUACUACAGACGAGCACAGGGAAUCUUCCUGGUUUACGACAUCACAAGUGAGCGAUCCUUCCAGCACAUCAUGAAGUGGGCCAGCGAUGUGGACGAGUAUGCUCCUGAUAACAUCCAGAGGAUCCUCAUAGGGAACAAGUCAGAUGAGGAGGAGAAGAGGCAGGUAGCUACAGAACAGGGCAACAAGCUGGCCAAGGAUUAUGGGAUGGACUUCUUUGAGACAAGUGCCUUCACCAACCAUAACAUAACAGAGUCCUUCACGCGAUUGGCUGAGCAGGUCCUGUCGGCCAAUAAGAAGGACCUGGACCUCCUGAGGGCGUCGGUCACAGACGAGCUCAACCUCACCGCCCUGGAGGAGGAGGAGGGCAUCACAGACGGGGCCGCCGCCUCACAGAAGAGCUGCUGGUGUUAAGGGCCUGGUCAAAAGUAGGGAACUAUGUAGGGAAUA